UUUAAUACGUUAAGUUGUAAUUUGUUUUCUUUUUAAUUAGAAUAAAAAGAUAGAAAAUACAAAACAUUUUGAGGCCGGCCCUUCGAAAAUCACACCUCCAUAAACCUGAGAACUGAAGCGGCCGGCGACUGCACCUUCCCAUCUUCUGAAGUUCAAAACCCUAAACAAGUCGGUUUUCUCGACCGGAUCUUAUGGAGGAACGCUUUUCGAAACAACAACGAAUGUACGACGAAAGUUACAUAAGGGCUAGAGAGGACACGAUAAGCAACCUGCCCGAUUCUUUGUUAUCUCAGAUACUGUCCUACCUCCCGACAAAGGAUACUGUCGGAACUAGUGUUCUGUCCCAUAGGUGGAAAAGCGUUUGGCUUUUGGUUCCUAACUUGGAUUUGUCCUCUUCUGAGUUCCCAGACUACAAUGCCUUUGCUAGUUUUAUAGACAGGCUCCUAGCUUUCUCUAGAGAAGAGAACUCACUCUUGUACAAGCUCAAGCUCAGUAUUCAAAAAGAAGAUGGGAACGACCAGUCUUGCGUCACACGGUGGAUAGAUUCUGUAGCUAACCCUAAACUCAACCAUCUUGACGUCGAGUGUACUCUUGCGAACCGUAAGUUUCUAGAAGUAAUCCCACAAAGCCUUUAUAUAGAAUGUGACACGUUGGUGUCUCUAAGACUCCAUCGUGUAUCCUUGGGUGAGUUAGAGUCAGUCUCCUUGCCUUGUCUCAAGACCAUGCGUUUAGAACACAACGUCUACGCCAGCGACGCGAGUCUUGAGAUACUCAUCUCGUCUCCCCCUGCUCUCGAGGACUUGAGCGUUGUUAGAAUGGUGCCGGAUAACGUGAAGGUUCUGCGCGUGAGGUCUCAGUCGUUAACUAGCUUUCAUGUAGACUAUUUGCUUGGUGAAGGCGAUGACUAUGUCGAUGCUUUGGAGAGAGGAAAAGACUCAGGGGUUUUGAUCGAUGCGCCUAGACUCAAGUACUUGAAGUUCGACGAUGAUCUAUCUGACAGUAAAAUCAUUACCACCAAUACAGUGUCCUUGGAGAAAGUCAACGUCGCUUUUGUCUUUGGUGAGCAUGAUUUUAUCGAUGUUGUCGACUUGACAAAGCGAAACAUGGUCAGUGGUUUCUUUAAAAGCAUUUCAGGAGUUAAGGAGAUGAAGAUCUCUUCGUAUACUAUGGAGUUUCUUGAUUUUAACAGGCAAGACGAGUUAUACGACCCGUUGCCUCAGUUUUGCAACGUUUCCACUUUGAAAGUGGCGUUUUACGUGUCGAAUCUGGAUAUGAUGAUGCCAACCCUUCUUGAGAGCUUUCCAAAUCUAAAAUCACUCGUCUUAAAGCUGGAUUAUUAUGAUCCUUCGAGGGAUGAGGAAGCAGCUGAUGUGAGACUCUCAUCUGUAGUAUCUCAGUGUUUGCUGUCAUCACUAGAGUCUGUAAAGAUAAAGUGUUUCAACAGAGGGCCUGUUAACAUGGAGGUAGCUAGGUACUUUUUGGAGAACUCACUGGUCCUUAAGAAACUUGUUCUGGAUUUUAGAUGUUCGGUGGUUGAAGAAGGGUUUAACAUGUUGAGGGAGCUCAUUGCGUUGCCCAGGAGAUCUAGCUCGUGUCAAGUCCUACUUUGUUAGACGGCUAGAAAGGUGUAUGCUCAGACGGAGGAUAGUAGCAUUUGAUUUUGGUUUUCUAGACUAUGGAUUUUGAUUUUUUUAUUUUAAUUUUUUUGCUUUUGAUUUGUUGAAUUCUAUUGUGAUGUCCUUGUGUGUGGAUGAUGAUUGAGAAUUCUCUAACUAUAAGGCUCUGAUUUUUUUGUCUUCUCUUAAUGCUCUUGAGAAGGGACAUAACUAUGAUUGGAACAAAUUUAAACGUUUAUGCAUAUGUAUCUUUGGAUGAAAAUAUAUUAUCGUAAAUUCCGGUAAAGGAAGCUGUUAGGACUGGUGUUUUGUCCACCAGUUGGAACUUGGAACAAUCUCUGGCUUGACCUCUUCUGAGUUUCUAGAUUACAAUGCAUAUGCAAGUCUUAUGGACAGGUUCUUAGAUCUCUAAGGAAGAGACCUCCAUGCUUGGACAAAGUUUUGAGUGUGGCCAUGUGAAUCGUGAGUGCAGUUGUUAUUUGUCCUCUCAGUCAUUGAAGAGACUCGUAGUUGUUCUCAGUGGUACCGAGUAUUGAACUCUUUGAGAUUAAGGAGAUGCUGCGUGUCUUGUGAAGAGUUGUUCAACAAUGACGAGCCAAACCAUGAUGAUGAUUUGCAAUCCGAGUUUUCAUUCUCAAAAUACUGAAUUCUUCAUAAGGUUAAAAGUUGCAAUAACAUAAAACAGCACUUCCCACAAGGAGAAUAAAAUCUUAGGAUAAACAUAAGAAUAAAACCGAUCUCUUUCAUCUCAGCUCACAAAGCAUCUACUAAAAAAAACCAAAACAUCUCAUUGCUCCCCCCACUUGACUUAGGCUCUGCCCUUUCCUCCUUUUCCCUUGUUGCCCUU